UGGGUGUAAGCCGCGCGUUAACCUCGUUUUUGUUGUUAGGAGGUCCUGUCGCAGCCAUGCAAUACGAUAAUUCAGCCCUCACCAUCACAUCCGUGGGUACUCCGGAUCCCUUUGUCACGGUCUUUAGGGGUCGCUAUUACCUGACCUUUACUACCGGGAAUAGAGUUGAAAUAUGGUCCUCCCGUAGCCUGAUUGAUAUAGAGAGCUCCGCGGAUAGACAUGUGGUUUGGACCCCGCCCCAAGGCACAGACCACUCGGCAGACUUAUGGGCUCCUGAGCUACACGCCUUACACGGCCGAUGGUACGUCUACUACGCCGCCGCGAACCCGGCCCACGGAAACAAAAGCCAUCGUAUGUACGUGCUAGGUGGGCCGCCCGCAUCGGAAGACCCGUGUCGGGGACAAUGGGAAUUCCUAGGACGUAUUCAUGCCAUGCAGGAUCACUGGGCCAUCGAUGGUACCGUAUUCGAGCUGAACGGGGAACUUUAUUUUGCAUACUCGGGCUGGCCUUUUGACAACCAGAACGACUCGGAUCUUAUACAACAGCUGUUCAUCGUGAAGCUCUCAGAUCCGACGAGCGCAGCUAGUCCUGCUACCGUGAUAUCCACCCCGCAGCUUGAAUGGGAGAUCACACGCGAGGGUAACGGCACGGACCACGGCAUUAACGAGGGCCCGCAGUUCCUGCGGUCACCCGACGGUGGCGUCGCCUGGCAGGGAUUAGUCUUCAGCUGCGGAGGCAGCUGGACCCACGAGUACAAAAUGGGACUGCUCAAGUACGCCGGCGGCGACCCGUUAGACCCAGCGUCAUGGCGGAAGGGCGAGGAGCCGCUUGUGCAGACACGAAGACACGGCGCAGGUCCAUACGGGCCGGGCCACGGCUCAUUCAUCACCCUCGGAGACCAGGUCGUGGCUAUCUACCACGCCACAGACAGUCCGACGGACGGGUGGGAUAAUAGAAGGGCCAGAGCGCAACGGGUCGCGUUCACGCGGGACGGUCCGUAUAUGGGUAGGUCCCUCGGCUUGGAUAUGCAGAAGUAUGACGGUGGGCUGGUGAAGCGGAUGAAGUUGCGGUUGGGGAUGAGUGGGAAGAGUAAGGCGGAGGCGGCGAGUGAGAAGAAUUUGAGGAUGUUGUUGGGGAGUUGUUAGGGGG